ACACGUGAUUGUAACUGGACCUCUUACAAGGUCUCGGCCACCACAGCCCCUUUUCUCUCCCAUCUUAGGAACCUGGACAUGACCAGAAAGAUCUUCACAAAUACCAGGGAGCGCUGGAGGCAGCAGAGUGUCAACAGUGCCUUUGCCAAGCUGCGGAAGCUCAUCCCCACUCACCCUCCAGACAAGAAGCUGAGCAAGAAUGAAACGCUCCGUUUGGCAAUGAGGUAUAUCAACUUCUUGGUCAAGGUCUUGGGAGAGCAAAGCCUACAGCAAACAGGAGUGGCUGCUCAGGGAAACAUUCUGGGGCUCUUUCCCCAAGGGCCCCACCUGCCAGAUGUUGAUGAAAGAACUUUACUCAAUGACUGUGGAGUUUCUUCCCCCGGCCCAAGCCAUGAGGCUCCCUAGGGUGGCUGUGACUGUCAGCCCCCAGGACGGUACAAGUUGAAAAGUCCUGUGGUUUCAUUCUGUAAAGAGGUGUGACGCAGGAAGUGAUGGGGACAGAAGCUGAGAGCUGCAAGGAGACUUGAGCAAUGUUGCCCUGGCCUCAUUACCCCAGAACCUCAGGCAGAACAGCUAGCUGCUCUCUGUUCUAUAAGUCUGCAGAAGUCCAUAGCAAAAAAAGCAAACAAGCAUAUGUUUAAAACGGCCAUCUCACUCACGACUUCAGUAACGAGGAUUUCCUUAUACUGGAUCUCAGAUGGAUGGGCAAAGCUGUUGCCCUCUGAAAAUACUUUUGCUUUGAAAAAGGAGACAUGUUUGAUUGAGGGUAAAUACAAGAAAUCUUAAAAUUGAUGGAUAGAAAGAUAGCCGCUGUGGAAACCAGCCUGGCAGCGGUGUGCGGCCGUCUCUGGAGGGAUGUCCCUUUGGAGCAGAGCUGGGAGGAUUAUGUAUGUGGGAAGAUUCCAUGUCCUUAGGCCUCUACAGAAUCAUGCUAUUUUACUUCAGUUGAGCCGCUGGAACCAAAUAGUGGAUUUCAUUCAUUCGAGGAAAAACCUUGAUGAUUUAGGAGUUAGACUUCAUAGUUUUCUUAUAAAAAUUAGCUAAAAUGAGUGAGCAAACUACUUAGUGUGACUUACUGGGUACUGAACUGUUAAUUCAAAUUCCUGCUGACUUAGGUCCUGUAUAAUUCAAUAAUUAUGAAAGCCCAAAUGUUGCCAUUUAAUAUUUUGUUGAGAGCAAACAAUAGAAAUAAAGGACCAGAUAGAUGCUAAUGAACUAGUGCAUUUAACUCCACCUUCCUACCUCCCAGGGAGCAUUAGCCUGGUCAUAAGCAGGGGCAGGGCAGCCAGCACCCAGUAAAUCAGUAGAGCAGUAUGGAUGCUCUGUCACCACCACACACCAUUCUGGUCCUCAUGGACUUGGAUUCAAAGAAGAAUCCAUUGGCUGCGCCCCACAUGCAGGUGUCUAUCUCUAGGACAUUAUAUUUCCCAGAAUUUUUUUGGCUUUAUGAUCUUCUGAGUCACAGGUGGGAAAUCUACGGAUUGUGGUUAUGAAUUUCCAGUAUCUAUACAACACAGGAAUUUAAACGUUUUGUCUCUCUGGAAGGUAUUUAUAAGUAACUACAUCAUUAAGGUCGAUUUAACCAAUGCACUUUUAGCACAACAGGCUUCCCCCUAUGUCCUUUGCUUAGCCUGCACUUGAUUAAUUUCUGCACAGAAACAGUAUAGAGACAGGGAACCACAGAGGCUGGUGGAGCCCUUCCUUCCACUCCAGAUAUGUAUGCCUUUGUCACCACCUUGGGGAGAGUCAAGCUUAUCUCCAAAUUACCAGGCAGUGAGAUGUUUCAAAGUUUUUAUGGCUGUUGUCAAUUAAGUAAUACUGCCCUCUCAUCUGGCAUUAAAUAAAGUACGUUUGACAGUGACUUUACUUUUACUUAGCUUACUCGAAUAUGAAGAAAGCAGAGGCCCUCUGUUCCUAAAAGCAAAAUUUUUGUGCUUUAUACUGUACACACUCCCUUUCCUGGUGCUUUUGUGUGUGCUCAAAGAAGGCUGCCCACUGAAAUGCUACAGGGACCCCAAAAAGAUGUGAGUGAGGGGGAAAGUUAUUUAAAGACAGCCUAGAGGAAAUCCUUUCACAGAUGAACCAACCUUUACAAUGUUAUUAUAUGUAAUGUACUCCUUAAAGUAUUUAUUCAGCUUUAGCUUCCUUCCUUUCUUCCUUCAAUUCUUUCUUUCUUUCUUUCUCUCUCUCUCUCUCUCUCUCUCUCUC